UAGGCUUCUUUUCACUGGGUUUUGAGGUGGGAGUGAGAGUUCAGUCUACAGAAGAUUUUAUAAGAAAUCAUCAUCAUCAUCAUCAAUAUGGUGGUGGGUACGGCGAAUAUUCCAUCAUGGUUACAAGCUUUGCUUGAUGCUUUCAGAAUAAGAGAGCCAUUGGCACAUUCUCCCAACUGCACUUGGAGCAAGAAAUUCUUUACCGUCUUCUGCAUUGACUGCUUGAAAUUAGUUUGCAAGUUCUGUCAACACCACCAGCAUAAAGAACACCAAGUACUUCCAUUGUACCAAGCAUCAGGUCAAGAUGGUUUCAAGGUGAACGAGCUGUGCAAGCUGAUAGAUAUUGAGGAUAUACAACUAUAUACAAUCAAUGCAAUGCAAAUAGUUUAUGUCAACAAGAGAAAUAAUAAGGAUUCUAAGUCCCGUAAUAACAAAACUGGCAAAGAAGAUGCCCCCAAGUGUGAAGUAUGUGGCUGGGAACUCAUAAAAGUUGGUAACAAGUUCUGUUCAAUUGAAUGCAAAGCUGCGAGUGGCCGAAAUCUCUCCUUGAAAUCUGAUCAGUCUGUUUAUCAAGUUAAUUCAGUUUCUGUUGAUCAAGUUUCUGAUGAUCUAGUUGAAUCAUGUAGGAAAAGGCAAAGAAAAGGGAUGCCCACAAGAGCUCCUUUCUUUUAGAUAAUUCUUCUUUUUUGGGAUGUUAUUUUAGUUGGUUUUGGUACAUAUUACAUUUUUCUAAGGAAGUGCUUUAAUGGUUAGAAAUAUUCCUUUUUCAUUUUUAUGAAUAUCUAUAUGACUUGAAAA